CUAGGUCGUUGAUGGUUUUUAAAACACAUCGUUGACCAUUUUUGUAGGUCACAUGUGCAUUUGCCGCUUUACUUGAGAGCCGCUCAUAGAAUGGUUUACUUGCUUAUGAAAGUAUAGCCUACGCAUACUUAUAUCGAUUAAGAAUUGAUGGAUAUUUCGCAAGCACACGGUGGAGAUGUUGUCAAUAUCGCAAAUUACUUGCUAAAUGAUUUAAAGAAUAGCUAUCAGAUCUGGGAAGAGCUAAUUUCAAAAUGUACCAAAUUCCAUUCAGCUUUAAAAGUUGCGACUCAGGCGUCAUCUGCAUUUUUGGAUACAUUUCAAAAAGUGGCGGAUCUGGCUACAAAGACGCUUGGAGGCAGCAAAGAAAUCGGUGCGUGUCUGACCCGUUAUUGUAUGCGUCAAAAAAGCCUAGAAUCCAAAGUAAAAUCCAUGGGAAAUCAUUUGGUCACUAGUCUUGCCAACCCUCUCAAUUCGAAAGUAGAUGAGUGGAAACGUAAUCUGUGUCAACUAGAAAAAGACCGAACUCGUCAAACUAAAAGAGUGCGUGCGGAAUUGAAGAAAGCCCUUUCUGAAGCACAAAAGUGGGAGAAGAAGGCCGCUAAAGUUGGUGUUACUGGCGGUAGUGGUGUGGGACCCGGUGUAGGUCAUGGUAUUAUACCUCCUGCAAAAUACAUAUGCUCCAAUUCUGAAUCAAAUGCAAUUAGUUUACAAACUGCUAAGGCUGCACGUGAAGUCGGAAUCAAGAAGGAAUUAGUUGAAAAUACAGAGAAAUCUGCGAUGCGUUUAUUGCUACUUGAGGAACGAAGCCGGUUUUGUUUUUUCGUCUCUUGCCUUCUUCCAAUUCUUGAGUGUCAAUCAAGCAUGUUACAUGAAAUAGCCACUAUGGAUGAACUUAUUAAGACCCUAACAAAAGAAACUGAGUUUCCAGAUCAGUUGGUUGAGGACGUAGAGUCUAUUGUACUGAGGAUGGGACGACGUGAUUUUUCUGCUUCUUCUCGAGGUAGCAGUAAAAUCAUGUCAGUUUUCGUACCAGAUAGUGGAGAUAAGAUGAACAAUAUAAAUGAAGUUUUAGGAGGUUUGCUCAUGACUAACGGUAAUCGAAGCUAUGUCAAUUCAAGCGAUACGGAGUCUGGUCGUCACGGUGCCGACAUGAUGUCACCAUAUCAAAUUUGUCGUGACUUAGAAACGGUCGGCCGAUGCAAUUCUGUAUGUGACAGUGCUGAUAUUUCUCUAUGUGGAGCCAGUUCACAUAGUGGCAGUGGGGGAAGUAAUUGUCCAUCCCUUUUGUCCCCCGCACGUGGUAAUGUCGCUCAUUUGGGUAGUCGUGAAUCAAGUCUUAUUUCCGUGGAUAGUGCAGCCUCAGGAAGUGGCAAUGCCAAUUCUGCAUAUUCUAUUGGAACUUCAAAUACAAACAUACCACAUUCUGAUCCUGGAGAAUCGCAAUUUAAAACUUUAUGUCGACCAGGUCACUAUCGAGCUGCAAGUAAUGGAGAUAAUGAUUUUCCAAAAAAUUAUUUGAAAAAUGGUUUUCAUCAUGAUAAAAUCGAUUCUUAUAUGGUAGCUAAAUCUAUGAUUGCUUUCAGUGCACAAUCUCAAUUAACUGAUAGUAAUAAUAAUGAUAAUAAUAUCACUACGAAUGGUCAAGACUAUGCACUAAAAAGAGAUGAUGAUAAUGGAGUCGAAAAUAUAAAAAGGACUGACAAUGAAAGUAAACUGGAAAUGAGCACUGAUGAUGACGAUGAUGAGAAUCAUGAUGAUAGUAACGAUGAUGCUGUUGGUGAUGGUGGUGAGUAUGUUGAAGUAGGCAGUGAUUCUGGCAAUGCUCUUGCGUAUUUAUCAAAUAAUCCUACAUCUCCUUCCUUAUCUAAUUCUGCUAAUCAACAUUUUCUAUUGGAAAACUAUCCAUCAAAUACUACUACUACUGCUGGUACUACUGGUAAUCCUCCAAUUCCAAAUAGUGGUCGUCAUACAAUAAGUUCUGCUUAUGAACGAGGAGGUCAUGCUCCUGCGCGGGCUUCUAUAACUGCUCUGUCUUUCAAUCCACCCGUUGGCAAAGCUUCUUCCAAAGAUAGUGGUGUUGAUUCGUCCACUGUACUCUACCCGAAACAAGCUGUACCACCUCCAGUCUAUACAAAUCUCAUUCAAUUGGCUCAUGCAGCACAACGUAAAUUUUCCAUGUCACAAUUACCAAUUGUUCAUUCAUAUGAAAAUAUAGAUAGUACAUUAGAUAGACUUCGUUAUGCUAAAACUGAUAUGACCAAUUGUCAACAACAAUUUGUUCAUCAUCAAUCAUCAAGUCGUAAUUCAAUUUCUACAAAUCCACAACAAUAUCAUUAUACAACAAAUGCUUCACCGAAUACUACUAAUAUUAGUAAUACGAAUAAUUGUAAUUGGUCUGCUUCAGAUAGUUUAAAUAAACUUGAUUUAAGUGAUUCGGCUGUCAGUCAAAGUUAUCAUGAUGAAGAAAGAAAGUAUGCUAAUCCUUCAACAGUAUUAAAACCUCAAGUUGACAAAUUAGCUAAUAGUACAAGUCUAUCUAAUUCAUGUCACAGUUCAAAAAAUUGUCUGGAUACUGUUUCAAUGUCUGAUGCCACUUCUACUGCUAAUUCUACUUCAGUUGUUGCUGGUAAUAAUGAGUUACAUUCAUAUCAAAGAAGUGGAACAGAUCCAUUCAGUAUGGAAAUGGAUGAACUUGAUCAAGUUAUGCCAGUUAAUAACAGUAAUACUAUGACGCUAAAUAGAAUGUUUUCAAAAUGUUUACAUAAUCAACCAACUGGCACAUUACCUAGUCAUCAAAGAUCCUUAUCAACCCGAAAACAUGUUUCAUCAGUUAACAGUUGUUUCUGUGUUACUAAUGCUGCUGAGUUACCAAGAUGUAAUGAACAGAAUUCUUUCGCUAGUUGUUAUCACCAUAACAAUAAAAGUAUUUCUGAAUCCGUUGUAAGUGUAAACUGUGAACAAGAUUUCUUUACACCACAGUUGUAUGUUCAGAAAAAAUUAGUCGGUGAAGAAAAUCGCAACAAACACUCACCUUGUCUUAAUCCUUCCGAAUCUAUUGUGGAAAAAAUACUUGGGAAUGGGGUUGAUCAUGAUGAUCAUCCACCUCCUAACCAUAGUUUGUUUGUACAACAAACUUCAUGUAGCCCAAUCAAUUCUUCAGUUUCUCCUUCUGCUGACAAUAGAUCACCACCUCCAAUUCAGCCAAAACCGGUUCAUUUAAAGCAUCAUCAAGCAAUAAGUCAAUAUCAUAUCAAUCGAAAAACGGCACCUCGAAUGUCACGUCCAUGUCCACCGCCUCGAACUUGUAGUACAUUAAGUUCUCUUGGUUGUUUAGCAAUGAAAUCUGGUGUUAGUAUGCCAUGUGAUUUGAAUAUGCCCGAUCCAUCAUCAUCAUCGUUACGUUGUAAAAUUUCCCAUUAUAUGAAUGAUGAUUUUUAUGAAGGAUCUAGUCGUGGUUCAUCACUUACAAUGGCUAGUUCAACAACAAAUGAUUCAUUGCCUAGUUCAAAUGGUAGUCCAGCGUUGACAAGUUAUAACGCGAAUCAAAAUAAUACACAAAGAUCAUUUUCAUCAAAUCCGAAUCCAAUGACCAGCAAUGAACAACAAAUAUUAGAGAACAAACUACACUAUGCAACUCCUGUAAUCAAAAACCAGUCUCAAUGCUCUACUACUCCAGGUCAAGUGUUCAAUCUGUUAAGACAGUCCACGUUGGCUAGUAAUCAAGUUUGCAUAAAUAAUCAUCAAACUAACACCGAUCUACAAACCAUCCCUGGGACAACGGGUGUUCCAAACGGAAAUGCUCCAACUCCUCCCCCUCCACCACCACCGCCUCCACCUCCUCCUCUACCUAUGUUUUUACCAGUAUCGCCAAAUAAUCUGUCAACACCUCAUCCAUCACUAGAAGAAACAACUUGUCCAAAAUAUUCCGAUUACAAUGAAACUUUGGCAACUGAUUUGGUCUCUGUAGAAACUGCUAAUCUUAUGUCUGAAUUAUCUUCACAAUUGCAACAACUUGCUGCACGAUCGAAUGAUGUAAACUUUUCACAAUCAACGUUUAAAACAAGAGAUAUAUUUCACAAGGAAUCCAUAAAACACGAUGAUUUCGAUUUACCUCCACCACCGCCACCUUCUAUGUUUACAGAACAAUACUGCAGUGAUGUAGUGAAAUUAGAAUGUUCUCCGAUUCAGACUACGAAUAUUAGUUGUACUUCCACUACUAGCAUUAUUGCUAAUGAUAAUAAUAAUCAUACUGAUGAAGUAAUUGAUGAUGAUUCCAACAAAAAUUUAUCACCAUUUUUAUUGGCGUUAAAACAAAGUGUGAAACAACGAGCUGACCGUAUAGCUGCUGAAAACUCAACAAAUAAUUGAACAUGAAAUGACGUUAAACUCUUUGAUGAUGACCAUCCUAAUGCACUAACAUUUUUUUGUUAUACAUAUUAGGAAUUAAUCUUUCAAAGGUAGUGGCGACAUUCACAUGUAGGAAUCUAUGUAUAAAAGUGAUGGUGUUGAACUACACACAUUCUCACUUGCUUUCUAAUAAAAUAUGUCGAUAACAUUCGAUAUUCAUCCUUUCCUCAUUGCUUUCAUCAUUAUUAUUAUUCCCAUCAUAAUCAUCAGUACAUGUAUUUAUUUUUAUUGACACAUUGAAGUAAUAUGCCGCCACGGUAAGAAGCAAACGUCUCAUAUGCCUACUACUUUUUUCUUAUCAUUGUUGUUGUUAGUGUUAGUUUUGAUCUUUAACACCCUCCACCGUUUUCAUUUUUGCCUAACUCGUCUUUUCUACUAUUUGUGUAAAUAUAAAUGUUAAGUUAUUAUUUUGUAUGACAUUAUCACAUUACUAACUCGGAUAAGUAAUGUUUUUUGGACAUUUCACAUACACCUGGUAGCUAUACCCAGUAUUAUAAACUGAUAUCAGGCCAGUACUUGUAUCUCUGUCCGUUACUAGUUACGUAACGUCGCUUCUGUGUGUUUGUCUUUACGAACUCUUUCCUCUUACCAGUGAUAUAAAGGAAGUGUUUUUCAGAAAAGUAAACCGGUCAUUAUCAAAUACUUCUUACCGAUUAACUAUUUGACUAACUGUCUCGUUUAACAAUUAAUCUAACAAUCUAUUCAAUUUAAAAUCUCGUCAGACAGAUUUCUGGACACAAAUAGGCACAUUCACACAUACACACAUUCAUGUACAUUUUGAAAUUCAUCUCCUAUUAUCUAUUGUUAAUAAUCCGUUGGAAUUUUCCACGUGUUCAAAUCUCAAAGAAAGAUCUAUUAUUAUCAUUACUGAAGCUAUUUCCUGUGUUUAUGCACAUGUCCUUUUUACAUUAUUUUGUUUUCACUUGAAACAUCAGUAAAAUGUAUAUUGGUGACCGACAGUGUAGGGAAUCUUGUACGCCCUUUCUUUGAACAAAAGAAAUCAACCGGAAACAAGUGUUUUCAGAAAUAUUUAGAUUCUUAUUUCUACUACUACGAAUUUUAACAUUAGGAUUAUUAUUAUUAUCAUACUUUGGAGUGUUGAGAAUUCUGUGUAUAAUGUGUGUGCUGUUAGAAAUGUGCUCUGGUAUCAUUGUUAUAUUGUUCCGUUGUCUUCAUUUGUGUCACUGAAUGUGAUUCAGCCAUAUAUAUAUAUGGUUUACUAUCACACCAUGUUCUACCCCUACGUCUGUCUUGCUGUCGAACUCUGUGGUGUAUAUCUGUGGUUGCUUCUAUACCUGAUUCUAUACUAGUUUCUUCUUAGGUAUACUGAUAAAUUAUAUUAUAUCAAGGUUAGAAAAAUUUGUUAUUGUUGUUUUCUCUAUUUCUUUCUUCUGAAAAUUCUGUAUUACAUCGUAUCAUUUUCUUGUUUAUCGCUUUGUGAGAUUACAUUUUUCAUUUUUACAAGAAAAUCGUAUUUGUUAUUUGUAGAUGGGAAAAGAAAGAAUGAUGGAAAGUUUCAGGUGAAAAAUAAGGCUCUCACAUACAUUCUCUUCAUUAAUGACUCACUGUACUCUAAUUACGAGUUAUAUGCAGAUAUAUUUAUACACAUUACUUGAUAAUAUGUCUUUUUUAUACAAAAUGUCUUAAUGUCCACAAAUUGCAUUUUAUUUAUUUGACUUUACUAUACAUAUAUAUAGAAAAACAAGGAAAUAUUGUGUAAAUUGUUGAAGGUUCUUUUCUUUUCUUUGAAAUUUCCUGUCUGCAUGUCUAUUUUUUUUGGGCUUUUAUUAUGGAAUAACAUAAUAACACAAGGGCUAAUCAUCAAUCACUCGUACUAAAGGUAAAAUUUGGUAACGUAAUUUAAGUGUUUUAAUUAUAACGGACAAAUGAUGGUGAAUUUUGUAUCACUUCAACUUAAAUUCUCUUUAGUUGAUAGGCUAGAUAUUAAUACUAUGAUUAUAUUUCUACUGCAUUUGUCAGUAGCAAUGUAUUGACGUACCCAAGUUAUGUAUAUAUUUCACACCUGGUUCGGUUUGGGCACUCGGGCAGUAUCACAGCCCUCACACAUAUCAAAUGAGAUCUAUGUGGCGCAUAUGUAUUUGGUGGCUCUUUGUACCAAUAUCUAUGUGUUAAAAUAAAUAACAGAUUAAGGAUAGAUUGAAAACGUCAAUAGAGUGGUUUAUCCAGAUGACAAGUUUAGUUAAUAAAGGAAAUCACAAUCAUUUGCAGCACACAUAUUGGACUAAGUGUUGAAAAUGCUCCUUCCCACUUUCCGAAUUUAUAUGAACAUAUUUUUGGGUGAGACUAUAAUUUAUGGACGAACCAAUCACAUAUAAGAUAACAGGUCUUGGAUUUUGGCGCGAAAUUCAAUCAUCUAUUUGGUUAAGUAGAGUUUUGGCAUUAUAACUAUCGUUAGUUCGUGAUGAAAACCCCAAGUUCUAACCUCAACCAUCAACUGUAAAUCAUAAUUCUAAUUUCUCACAGGUUUAUAACCCUCAUUUGGUAGCGGUUAUUAGGUGGACACUCUCAAGGUCAGUCUAGCGUCACUCCAAGGUCAUCCAUAAAUUAUAGUCACACUCGAUUUACAAUAUUUAUUAGACGAAACGAAAAUUUGCACAUUAAUUAAAAACUCCAUUUCGCAUUUGCAGAGAGUCAUUCCAAAGUCACCUCCAGCACGUACUAAGUAUUAAUUUUUAGACAUAACAUGCAAACAGUAGACAAGCCCGAGAUUUAUACUACUUAGCACGGAAUAAUAAUCUAGAUUAUUUCCUUGUACUUCCCUAGUCAUCAUUGUUUCUCCAGUUGACAUCAAAAUUUGUCAUCUUAGUUCAUUUAGAUUUUAUUGCGAAACUUGACAGUCAGCUCGUAAAUUUAUCUGAUAAUCUGCCUCAACUCUUUCUGAAUGACAAUUAACGUACUAUUAUUUAAAUUUCGAUACACUGAAAGAAAAAUUGUACUUAAAUCCAAACAAAGUAACUUGUUCUUACCAGUCUACUGAUGAUUUUUAAUAGUAAUGAUGUCAUCUAGUGUGAAGUACAUUCAUUACAAGAACUUAUCUUUGAUGAUUUUAAUCUUCAAUCUCUUGUUUUUGUCUACGACAAAAUUCUUAAAGAAAUAAAUGAAACUACUGAAAAACCCACAGAUUUCUGCUUAAUUACAUCUGUCAUUAGGCAAUAUGGUUUCGAUAUCCAGAAAUUAACUGUCAUAUUCAUUUUAAUGGUCAGCAAUAUUUGUAACCUAUUCGAUCUUAUCAUUGGUUUAUUUUUCUCUAAUUUAUCCAUCAUAACCAAUGAUAACAAUAAGAAAUCAUAAAAAUACUUGUGUUAAAUGUUACAUCUGAAAAUAUACUGACGCUCUUACUAUAGAUUACAAUUUACAAUUUCACAACUGUAAAACAUUUGGUGUUAAGCUUCACUAAUUCAAUAUAUUAAUAUUUCA